UAAGCGUCUGUUAGAUUACGAAAAACGUCGAUUUCCACAAAAUGGAGGUUGAUGCACGUAAGGCUUGUCUCUGUCAUGACAUGAAAUGGCGAGCCAAGUUCCACUUUAUAACAAACAGGUUACAUGGGAAGCUACAGCUGGAAGAUCUGAAAAGAAUUCCCAGAAUAAUUUGCGCGUGUAAGAUUGAUACUACAGGUCAAGUCGACAGCAAAGAAGAAAACAUACAUAAAGUUUUAGCUGAAAGGUGGGCAGCGAUUUCAACAGAAGACAUAACAGCAGCAAAAUCCUAUUUUGACCACUUCAUAGCAGAGCAGGACCCUUGUGAGGAAUUCCAUGGAUUUCUUAAAACUUUCCGAGACCGACUGAUACAGGUAAAGUUGUUAGAUGACAGCCAGUCGAGCGCCAGCAGGUUCCUCUAUAUCCUACAGCAACUCCUACAGAGCAACCGCUGUAGCCUCCUGGAGCCCAUCUCUACAAACCCUCAAACAAGGAAAAUACACAAGGAGGUCAUAGUCCUGUCGGCACUGCGUCAGAAAGACAUCGGAAACUUUAUUGGGAGGAAAGGUGUGAGGCUGCGAAAGAUGGCUGCAAAAGGGUCAAAGAUUGAUAUAAUAUUCAAUACUGGUACCAAAAAUGUGGAGGCACACAUCGUCUGCUCAGAGUCGGGGAUGCAUGCUCUCAAGGAAAAGCUGGAAAAGGAGGCAAUAGAAAUACGUAAAAACAGGGAUACACAUGAAGUAGCGGUGGAAAAAUAUCGUCGAGACAAAGAGGAGAUGGCCAGAAAUGAAAACAGAGAGGAUAGUGAUGCAGAAGAAGACGGGGACAAUACCUCAGUUAAACAAUGAUGCAAACUGUUCCACCAAAGAAUUGUUGAAGAUUUGACCAGAUGAGAAGUUGAUGCUGAUCAAGAAAAUGUUUAAACAUAUAUGUAUAUUGUUAUCAUGGAUACUUGCACUUUUUUGAAAUCAGGUUCCAAAUGAGAGUGCCUCUUUGAGUUUUCUGUGUGAUAGCUACUGCUAGGAGAUCCCGGUACACCUACACUGUGACUGAUAAAUCAUUCUGAAAGCACUGUUUAUAAUUUAGAUCUGACAGGAGUGGACUCUGACAGAUCCCAUUGUCAGACAAAGAUCUGUGUGAAUCAGAUAUUAAAUCACUGGAGAUGUUGACUAUUGAAAAUGAAAUUGUCUUCCUGGUGAGAGGACAUCUUUAUCACAAAAACGUGAACUUAACCAUUGUUGCAGCAUUCUUAUGAUGAUACUUGUAUGUAGUCACUAAUCUACUUACCAUACAGAAACAUUAAAAGUCACACAUGUUGAACAUGUGACAUCAACACUUCAGAGCUAUUUUUUGUGACAAUCAUUAGUAUGACAACAGUACAAGGAAGAUAGAUACAUAAAUAAUUAACAUAUUGAAUACAGUUAUUAGAUAACAUGUAAUAAAUCAUGAAAUACAUGUAUCAGAUUAAAUACCAAUUACUUAAGAGCCCUAUCAACUAGCUCUCCAGACACUACUGGUACAUGACAAGUGUACAGUAACAGCACAGAUGUAUAUUAAAUAAAACAAACUUAGCUUGAGUGAUUAAAAUAUUCGGAUGAUUCAUUAAAAAUAUAUACAAUCUGAUCUAGCAAAGCAAUACGAACUGAAAUUAGUAACGAGACAUAAAAAAGAAUACAGAAACUAACACUUGAACUUUCCCGCGUCUGUUAAAGUUUGGUUUGUGCCACAUGGUGCAUGGUAUUACCCUACUCUAUAGAUGUGAAGGAGUCCUGUGUAAUAGUGUGUAUUCAGGGAUAGAUUGGGUUCUUACUAUGGAGGAUACAUGACCUCAAACCAGGGUCUCAAAAUAACAUAUAUAUAAUAAAACACAGUGUAACUAGAUUAUUUGUGUGUGUUGGGAAUUACUAACCCUUAAAGUUGGUCAAAUUUAGAAGAAAAAUGUAUAAAAGUCACGGGAAUCGGGCAGAACUUCAACACAAAAUAGAUACAAAAUUGAUCUGUCGGAAACCUUUUUGAGAUUAUUAUCUUAAAUUGUACAGGUCUGCAUCCAUGUGAAGUUAAAUAAAUUGAAGAUCAGUUUCAGAUAUACAUUUUGGCUGAUGUCACUGCAUUUUUAAAAAGAAAGGGGCAACAGCUACCCCCCCUCCCCCACAAAAAAAAGGAAAAAUGCUGGAUAUAUGCAGUGUGAUAAUAGAAAAUUAAAAAACAUCAAAACAAAAAGGAGCCCAUUCAUACAGAGUAGUCUGGCUUCACCUAAGGUAUAAUUGUAAAUAAUGUUAGAGUGCAAACUCACAUAAAGAGUUUUAAAAACAUACAAAAUGGACAUGAACAGAUUUUGGAUUUAUGAUUGGUACUUGUACCAUGUUUCUGUGACAAGAACAUACUGCUGAAAUAUGGCACGUCAUAGACGUAUCAUUAUCUAAUUUUGUUAAGAUAUUAACACAUUUGAGAUUCAAGCCAAAUUGAAUGAAUAUACUAAUAAAUAUUUUUUUAUGAAAAUUUGCUGAAGAUGUGAAUAAAUAUAUUUCACUACA